CCCUGCGCAACACCGCAUCCAUCUCCAGCAGCACCCUGCGCAUCUGCUGCGAUUCUUCUCUCGGUUCCUCCAUCUCGUCCCGGCCAGAACACGCGUUUCCAAUCAGGAAAGCGACCACGCGACCCCGCCCACGCCAAGCAUUCACGCUGCGCGCGACGUUGCGUGCCAACAGUGACUUGAAAACGCCAGGGUCGGUGCUACGUCUGGCUGCUACGCGUUGUGUCCUUUAAAUAAACUACCUGGAACAAUUGAGAAGACAAGAAGUAAUACCUGAGUGGGCCGGGCAACAGUGCCACUGUCCAGUCUCUUACCCUGUGUAUUACUCUAGCCCUCUGAUGCCGUAGAACGAGAUCUGGGUGGCGUGCGCAAGACUUGAUCCCCGGCGAAUCCCCUGCUAUUCAUCGUCGCGCUGUAGAAAUUCUGAAAUCCUCCCAUUCAUAAUUCCAUUUGGCCCCUCAUCAUGGCUGAUGAACCGCGACGCUCCGGUCGCUCGACCAAAGGCCAGCACAAGAACCUCGAUUUAGUCCCCGACACUCCGAAGAAAUCGAAAACCAAAGGCCAGGCCAAAGACAAACCCCCCAAACCCUCCGCCGAACCGACGCCAGGUCCCAGCGAAGAAGGAGAAGAAGAAGAGAUCAUCCGAUGCAUAUGUGGGGAGUACGAAGAGGAAGAAGAUGUCGAGCGAGACAUGAUCUGUUGCGACCGGUGUUCCGCCUGGCAACAUAACGAUUGCAUGGGCCUCACCUUCGCCAAGGGAGAGGAGCCUGACGAAUAUUUCUGCGAGCAAUGCAAACCGGAAAACCACAAGGUCCUACUGGAAAAGAUCGCGCGCGGCGAGAAACCAUGGGAAGAAGUGGCCGAACGAAGGCGCAAGGAAGCCGAGGAGAAAAAGCACUCGCGUCGCAGGAAGAGCAAAAAGGGUGGCAGGAGAGGCAGACCCAGCGAGGCGAAGACGGACACAAGCACGCCCGCUCGUGCUGCUACUUCGACGACGCCUGCUCCUGCCCCUUCUACGGCCACUCCUGUUCCUGCUGCUGCUCCUGAUGCUGCUCCAGCUCCAGCUCCAGCUCCUACUCCUAUCCCUGCUCCCGCCCCGACGACUCCAACACCGCCAGCUGCCACGCCAGGCCCCGAGAAGAAUGGUGUCUCGCCGAAAGCACAACCCGCAGGCUCGCACAAACGUAAACUCGAGGAGAACGAAGAGGGCCCAGCGCCCGGCUCGGGAUCGAAACCGAAGAAGCAACAAAAGGUUUCACCUCCGACAAAGACGCCGACUCCCCCGGCGGCGAAACCGGUUCCGGUGAAGGAUGAAACCAACGAACCAUCGUCACGCCGAAGCUCCGAAGUGGUGAGGACGACGACUGAAGACUUGGGCACUGUGGAAGAGAUCUCAAACUCGUCGCGGAGGAGUGCAGCCACCGCUCUGGUCAGGCUGCUCAUGAACCCGCCGCAGAAGCAAUCGGCUUCCAAGUUGCCCGACGGAAAGUCAGCGGAGGAUGUCGCCCGGCAGCUCGCUCUCUCUAUCGAGAAUGCAAUGUACCAGAAUAUCUGCGGAGGAGCAGGAGAGCCCACGGAGCCGUAUAAGUCACAAUUGCGGACGAUACUGUUUAACGUAAAGAAGAAUGCUUCUCUACGCGAACGUCUGCUCGUAGGUAAUUUACAGGCGGAUGCUCUUUCUAAAAUGAGCUCCCAGGACAUGGCCAGCGAGGAACUGCAGCAGCGAGAUGCCGAGAUCAAGCGGGAAGCCGAACGACAACACAUCAUCGUACAGGACCAAGGGCCGCGCAUUAGACGGACCCAUAAAGGCGAGGAACUGGUCGAGGAUGAGAACCAGCAGGUCGCCAGCGAGCCUGUCUUCUCCUCGGCCCCGACCCGUCGCAGCUUGGCUGAUGUCGAUGGCAGCCCCGGCGCCCAGAGCCCGACGAGUCCUGGCAACCAGCAACAACCCGACGUGGAUGCCACUCGCAAGUUGCAGUCGACGGACUCCAAACCGACUCACGACGAACAUUUCCCUCCGAGGGGUCACUCCCCUGGUGGCACCAGCCAUGAGCAGGUGUUCCCCGAGAUGGCGGCUCAUAUCCGCGAGCCGGUCCCUACUGGCAAGGUCCAGGCUGAUGCCGAAAUCGAUCAGUUGUUGAAGGACGACGAGCCUGAAUCCCCGCCUUAUUCGCCCAAGGACUUCCAUGAUGAAGGCGCCAUCUGGCGCGGCAAGGUUAUCAUGAACCCGAUUGCAGAGUUCUCGUCAUCUGCAAAGCACGUUGGGGGCGCCGACUUGAGUGGAAGAAUCCCAUGGAGCCAACUGAUUCCCUCUACGUUACUCAUCGACGGAAGAAUCGACGUCCAGCUGGCCACCAACUAUCUCUGUGGUCUUCGCUUUAGUUCUUCCACCGAUGUGUCGGUCAUUUCGAUCAGCGCCCCUGAAACCCCGAAGGAACGAGCCGGAUUCGAUAAGAUCUUCAAUUAUUUCCAAGAUCGCAAGAGAUACGGUGUGAUUGGAAAACACCCUUUGCCGGCCGUUAAAGAUACCUACCUCAUUCCCAUUGAAGCUCAGUCUACCAAGAAGCCCGAGUUCAUCGAGCUUUUAGAGAACAACUCGCUCGAGGAUCCCACGCCGGAGCGUGUUCUCCUCGUGGUCUUUGCCGUCAAGACCGGGGAUUCGAAUCCGCCUUCUGUCCAGCCUCCUUCGCACUAUCCCAGCCAGGAGCCUGCUGCUUCGGCAAGUCCAUUGACCGUGGGCGCGCCAACGCCUCACCAAUCCCAAUUCUUCACCCCGGGCCCACGGGGCGCAUCUCAUAUGCCUGCGACGCCGUCCCCGUUUGAUGGAACACCGCAGGCGCAAACCCCGUAUGGUCAACCGCAUCAGUCCCAACCAUUCCAAUCGUAUCAGCCUCCCACAGCCCCGAACCAAGCUCCUGUUACUGGCAUGGCAGCCGCCGUGCAAGUCCUCGGCGCCCAGGCCAGCUCACCUGCAAUCCAGCAACUGUUGCAGCAGGCGCCCAAUGCGGACGUGUCUCAACUAGGCGUCAUUCGAGAUAUUCUCUUGCGAAGACCCGAUACUGCCGCGAAUUAUGACAUGUUGAUGCGCGAGCUCGUUCAAGCCACCACUAACGGAAAUGGUGUGCAACAAUAACUGCACAAAUCACAUCUGGUUGUAUAGUAAUCGUUACCCUGUUCUUCAUCUUUCCAAGUGACGUUUCGGCUUGGUGUUUUCUGCGAUUCUAUAGUUUGUCUUUGGGAAGGGAUUCAAAACAAAAAGGGGUACUUGGGUGAUUAUCGGGAUAUUUUCGUCGCCGGGAUUUGCAUUUGAUUUGUUUUUAUUCUUUCUCUUUUCCGGUGUGAUGGGUGUUUAAUUUUUACUUUUUUUUUUUUUCCUGGUCUGAAUUUGAUCUCUGCUG